UGGACCAUUAUUAUACUCAUUGAGCCCAUUCAUCUGCUGCUUCAUUGCAGCCAGCCAGCAAGUGACGCUUUAGUACGGCGAGGAGGAGGAUGGCCGGAAGCGUGGGAGGCGAGAAGAGGGAGGGCAGGGGAUCCAACCCGCGGCCGCCGACGGCGCAUCGGAGUCCAUUGCGGCGGCCCGGUGAGAGUACUAUCCUCAGCGGGUACGUAGCCUGCAGGAUGUACCUCAUAAUGGCCGUGACGGGGCUAGGCUACCUGGCGCUCACAUGGUCGACGGUAGUCCUCCUGGGCGGCUUCGUCACCGCGCUGCAGAACAAGGAUUUUUGGUGCCUCACAACCAUUAGCAUGCUGCAGGCAGCCAGCAUCUUCAACGACUUGCGGGACCGACUGUUCAUCAAAUUGCUUAAACUAAUUCUUCCGGGACCAACUGGAAAUAUCGGGACAUACUUAUCGGAGUGGUUUGAUAUUUUGAAGCGGAAUAAGAGUGAGUUUUAUGAGACGUCGUAUCGGAGUCUCAGAUCGUUACUAUCAUCCCAUUGUUGUCUGGCAUUUGUUCUUGCUGGUCCCGUGUUUGUUCUUCUUGUCCUCUUCUUUAUUAUUAUUUUUCCCUUUCCCUUGUACUGUCUACUUUGCGUGGCGUUCUACUUUGUAAUGUCCGUCUACGGCUUCCUUGGGCCAAUCGCCUGCUUUGCUCUCGCAUUGUGGCGCAUACUGCAGCCUGAUUACGGUGACACGGACGGAGACGCCAGCAAGGGGAACUUGAAGCCGGCACUGAUCAUGUUCUAUUGGCUGAUUCUCUGCCAAUUUGUGCUCUACUUGGUGUUCAUCAUUGCUAAUGGGUUCGUUGAGUUUCUUCUUGUCCCUCUCGUCAGUCGAGAUUCCAAGCUAACCCAAGUUUGGGGCACCAAAUUGGUGAAUAUGUACCUCUCUGACACCGGAGCAAAAUGCUGGCGGGAGGGGGACCCUGCAUCCAUCAGUGGCCGGUCGCUCAGCCGAUACGCUGCCGACUUGCUGGACUCCGAAUCGUGGGAAGACAACCUCUUUGGAGCCAGGAUGCUCGCCACGUUCAUCAGGCAUGGGGCGGACGUCAGGUCGCUGCUGCUCCCCUCGAGGCCCAAGAUUCAGAAGCUCAUUGACACAUUGGCAUGGAGAGGCCGAGGCGACAGGGAGAUGAGAGAGUGCGCCGCAGGCAUCGUGGCACAUCUCGCCGGUGACAUCCAUAUACCCCAGUUCCCAGGGGCUCUCCGGUGCAUAUCCUCCCUGCUCCAACUCCAAGACGAGAGCACCGCGACGACGUAUUGGGACAGCGACGGCCAACAAGUGGGUGAUGACGGCGGCAAGAAACGCAGCAAGAAUUGGUACGGCCUCUUGCGGGAAAUAUAUUUGGAUUGGGUCAGCUACGACCAACAGGUGGGUGAUGACGGCGGCAAGAAAGACGGCGGCUGCAACAAGCUCAUCCUUCAAGGCCUGGCGAUCCUGGAGAGGCUCGCGUCGUCCGACCACCACAACUGCAGCGACAUAUGCAGCGCUCCCGGCCUCCUGCACAUGAUCACGGCGCCCCUCUACUCCGGCACCUUCUCCGGAGAUAUCAACAUGAGUGACUGGGCCCACGUGGUAAACGCAGCCUUCAAGGUUAUAUACCAGCUCAUCAGCCAUGCUCCUGAGGAUAUCAGCACAAGGCUUCGCCUUGACAUCUCCUCAAACGAGCAUGCAAUGAGCAACCUCAAGGGCAUUCUUGAUCAGGGCACUGGAAUUGGACUGGAGACCCAGGAGCAGCUGCUGAUGCGAGCCAUGGAGAUCCUCACAGAGCUGACCUUGGAUUCGUCUGUCGACCUCACCAGCGAAACCAAAGAGAACCUUAUCAAGAAGCAGCUGCAGAUCUUCCUUGCUGACCAAGGGACACAAGAGCCUGAUUCGAGGACAAACCCACUCAUAGUCACGGCUGGGAGAACCCUAGUAUUGCUGACAAGCAACAGUAAGACUAACCCUGAUUUCAUCCUGAAAGCAUGUGACAGUGACAGCCUUGCUCCUCUCACUGGAUUACCUGAUGAUGAGAACACUGUUGCACUUCCAAUUGAGGUAACUAUUGAGGAUAAGAAAAACACUGUUGCUCAUCUCACUGAACUGCUUGAUGCUACAAACAACAUCACUUACAGAACAAUAGCUGCUGAGAUCUUGGAGAACUUUUGUACACACUGUGAUUGGAACAAACACAAACAAAUCAUGAAGGAAUUAUUGCUGCCAAAGGUGGUCACAGAAAUACUGUCCAUUAAAAGUGACCAACCUGAAGGCAAAAUUUCUGAUGAAAAAGAGAACAAGCCACAGUCCAGGACGUGGACACGUUCCCAAAAGAACAAUCGAGGAAACCAGAAAAACUUUGUGCCGCCAGGAAAAGAUGAAGAAAACCAGAAAGAUAUUGCGCCAGGAGGCAAAAGCAUGAUCCGAAGGAAGUCAUCUGAUGAACAAAAUAAACAAAAUAAGGAACAAACCGCUAAAAAGGAACUGCAAGAAGCAUUAUUAUCCCUUGCUCUGGUGAUAUGUGACAAACUGAUCAGUGCAGAUGAUGUUAUCCAAGAGAAAGCACUAGGAGGUGACGCAUUUGUGGUCAAGCUCAAGACCAUAAUAGAUGACAACUGUCAGCUAAGAGCUGACAGUCUGAGAAUAGUGAAGCUGUGUGGUCGGAUUGCAGCAUCAAUGAUGCAGUCCCAACCGUAUGCUGAACGCUUCAGAAACAAGAAAUUUGCCCAGUCACUCACUAAGGCUUCAGAAAUCAUGUCUAACCUUGAAAGCUGCAUGAUUUUUGCUGGGACUGAUUUCGGACUAAAGAAGACUGUCAGGCCUCUCCUCUCUGAACUUGAGAAGAAAGUAUCUGAUCUUGAGAAGAAAGAAGUACAGUUGGUUAGAAGAUAAACUGUGAUUGCAACCCUUGUGCUCUUCAAUUUCUCCAGCACAAAUAAUUACGUAAAUCUCCAGCUCUCGUUCAUGUGCCUUACUUUAUUUCAUUUUUUUCUUUUGUUCAGAUCAAUGGUGUGCUGUUAUCAAACAUAAUGUACCCUUCUUAUGAACAUGUUGUGCUACACUUGUGCUGUAUUUGUUUGAAACACUGGGAUUUCCUGAACCUGCGGUUGUGACUUGUGACUAUCCUGGAAUAUAAUAAUGACCAACCAUUCCAGUUCCAAGCA